AUGCUUAUCCAUUUUCAAACAUUUUCAAUAAUCAUAAAACUAAAAUCAGAUAAUGGAAAUGUCUAUAAAUUAACCAACGGCACUUGGCCAGCAUCCUAUAACUAUCCGGGGCGAUUCUCGAAUGGAAUAGUCUGGCCCGAAUAUUUAUCGAAAUUGUUAAAUAUUCCGCUAUUUGACUAUGCGUAUGGGUCUGCCACAGCGGAUGAAACUCUUGUUCAAGGGUAUACUGGAGCAAACAUGGAUAUAAAAGUUCCAGGAGUAGUUCAACAGGUGCAAACCUUUGUGUCAUCGAAAGAUGCUAAUGCAGAUCUUAGCAAUGCGAUUGCUACGAUAUUGAUUAGCGGCAACGAUUACUUUUUUUCGAACUUGACUGUCGAUCCCAAAGAAGUCGUAUCAAGACUCGCCCAAUCCUGGGAAACACUCUACCAAAAUGGCAUUCGAAAUUUCUUAAUUAUAUCGCUACCAAAACUUUCCAACUUGCCAGCAGCAAGGGAUCCAUCUGUAAAUCAAUCUCAAUUCGCACUUAUCCAAUCGGUCGAAAUCAAGCACAACAACGCACUCUGCGAUGCAAUUGAACAAUUCACGAAUGCUUACCAAGAUGUAAAAGUUUAUGAAUUUGAUAUGGCUAUGUUUUUCGAUUGGUUCAAGCAAAAACGGGCCGCUUCAUUAGAUAUCACUAAUUUCACGAAUGCCUGUGUCGAUUUUAACGUUUCACCGCCGAAAAUUUGUGCGAAUCCAGAAACAUAUUUUUAUUGGGAUGCGGUGCAUUUGACUACUAAAGUUCACGGUGCUUUGGCAGAUAGUUUUCAAUCCGAAUUAUUGGGAUUCGGUGCAUUUGACUACAUGUACUAA